AUGCAAAAAACAUAUUUCCAGAAGAGAUUGCCACAUCUAUCUAUCUAUCUAUCUAUCUAUCUAUCUAUCUGUCCAUAUCUAUCUAAGUCUGUCCAUAUCUAUCUAUCUAUCUAUCUAUCUAUCUCAGCCUUUUCAUAUCUAUCUAUCUAUCUAUCUAUCUAUCUAUCUAUCUAUAUAUCUAUCUGUCGCAGCCUUUUCAUAUCUAUCUAUCUAUCUAUCUAUCUAUUUGUUUCAGCAUUUUCAUAUGUAUCUCAGUUUAUCUAUCUAUCUAUCUAUCUGUCUGUCGUAGCCUUUUCAUAUCUAUCUAUCUAUCUAUUUAUCUCACUUUUUUCAGAUCUUUCUAUCUAUCUCUCUAAGUCUGUCCAUAUCUAUCUAUCUAUCUAUCUGUUUCAGCCUGUUUAUCUAUCUAUGUAUCUAUCUAUCUAUCUAUCUAUCUAUCUAUCUAUCUAUCUGUCGCAGCCUUUUCAUAUCUAUCUAUCUAUCUAUCUAUCUAUCUAUCUAUCUCAGCCUUUUCAGUUCUUUCUAUCUAUCUAUCUAAGUCUGUCCAUAUCUAUCUAUCUAUCUAUCUAUCUAUCUGUCGCAGCCUUUUCUUAUCUAUCUAUCUAUCUAUUUCAGACUUUUCAUAUGUAUCUCAGUUGUUCAUUAUCUAUCUAUCUAUCUAUCCAUCUGUCGCAAUCUUUGUAUAUCCAUCUAUCUAUAUAUCUAUCUAUCUAUCUCUCAAUCUCUCUGUCUCAGCCUUAUCAUAUCUAUCUAUCUAUCUAUCUAUCUAUCUAUCUAUCUAUCUAUCUAUCUGUCGCACCCUUUUCAUAUCUAUCUAUCUAUCUAUCUAUCUAUCUAUCUAUCUAUCUAUCUAUCUAUCUCUUUCAGCGUUUUCAUAUGUACCUAAGCUGUUCAUUAUCUAUCUAUCUAUCUAUCUAUCUAUCUAUCUAUCUAUCUAUCUAUCUAUCCCAUCCCAGCCUAUUAAUAUCUAUCUAUCUAUCUAUCUAUCUAUCUAUCUAUCUAUCUAUCUGUCGCAGCCUUUUCAUAUCUAUCUAUCUAUCUAUCUGUUGCAGCCUUUUCAUAUCUAUCUAUCUAUUUUUUUCAGAAUUUUCAUAUGUAUCUCAGCUGUUUAUCUAUCUAUCUAUCUAUCUAUCUAUCUAUCUAUCUAUCUAUCUAUCUAUCUUUUUCGGCAAUAUCAUAUGUAUCUCAGCUGUUUAUCUAUCUAUCUAUCUAUCUAUCUAUCUAUCUAUCUAUCUAUCUAUCUAUCUGUCUCAGCCUUUUCAUAUCUAUCCACCUAUUUGUUUCAACAUCUUCAUAUCUAUCUAUCUAUGUAUUUGUUUCAGCAUUUUCAUAUGUAUCUCAGCUGUUUAUCUAUCUAUCUGUCUAUCUAUCUAUCUUUUUCGGCUUUAUCAUAUGUAUCUCACCUCUUUAUCUAUCUAUCUAUCUGUCGCAGCCAUUUCAUAUCUAUCUAUCUAUCUAUCCAUCUAUCUAUCCAUCUAUCUAUCCAUCUAUCAUAUUUUCAUUUGUAUCUAUGCAUUAUCUAUCCAUCUAUCUCUAUCUAUUUAUCGCAUCUAUCUAUCUAUCUAUCUAUCUAUCUAUCUAUCAAUCCAUCUAUCUGUCAUCAUCUAUUUGUUUCGGCAUAUUUAUGUAUCUCAGCUGUUUAUCUUCUAUCAUCAUCUAUCUAUCUAUCUAUCUAUGUAUUUUCUAUUUAUCUCAGCUGUACAUCAUCUAUCUAUCUAUCUUCUAUCUAUCUAUCUAUCUAUCUAUCUAUCUAUCUCAUUUUUUCAUAUCUAUCUAUCUAUCUAUCUAUUAUCUAUCUAUCUAUUUGUUUCAUUUUCAUAUGUAUCUCAGCUGUUCAUAUCUAUCUAUCUAUCUAUCAUUCAUCUAUCUAUCUAUCUAUCUAUCUAUCUAUCUCAGCCUUUUCAUAUCUAUCUAUCUAUCUAUCUAUCUAUCUAUCUAUCUAUCUAUCUAUCUAUCUCAGCCUUUUCAUAUCUAUCUAUCUAUCUAUCUAUCUAUCUAUCUAUCUAUUUGUUUCACCAUUUUCAUAUGUAUCUCAGCUGUUCAUAUCUAUCUAUCUAUCUAUCUAUCUAUCUAUCUGUCGCAGACUUUUCAUAUCUAUCUAUCUAUCUAUGUAACUGUUUUAUAUGUAUCUCAUCUAUUCUUUAUCUAUCUCUCUAUCUUUCUGUUUCAGCGUUUUCAUAUGUAUCUCAGCUGUCCAUUAUCUAUCUAUCUAUCUAUCUAUCUAUCUAUCUAUCUAUCUAUUUCAACGUUUCAUAUGUAUCUCAGCUGUUCAUUAUCUAUCUUUCUAUCUAUCUAUCUAUCUAUCUUUUGCAGCUUUUUCCUAUUUAUCUAUCUAUCUAUCUGUCGCAGCCUUUUCAUAUCUAUCUAUCUAUCUAUCUAUCUAUCUAUCUAUCUAUCUAUCUAUCAUAUCUUUUGUCGGUCUAUGGUGCCUACUCUGAUGCUAAAUUCCCGCCAAAAACUCCCGCCCAAACUUCACCCUCGUAUCUAUCACCGUCUACCUAA